CAAAUUCCCACCCAAACACCACGACACGCUUGCCGUGCUGGAGCCUGUCGCCACCGACGAGCACCACCACAGCUUACCAGCCACGACCACUUAGUUGAGGUCGUGCGGUCCUCAUCAUCAUGGUCUCCGCCUCCUCUCGCCGCGCCGGCCGCGUUACCAACAAGAGCCGUCUUCUCGUCGUACGAGGCAGCGACAAGAUCGACUCGGCGGCAGCGGAAACUGUGCUUCUUCAGCCAGAAGCCGCAACCGCCGAGCCAUCGAAAAGCCACGGUGUAGGCGCAAAGGGCGUCGAAACCGGAGAACUCUUGGAACAUCAUCUCCAAGCAGCAUUAUCGUCGGCCUCGCUGCUGCAUUCCCGUGAUGCAAGCAAGCCCGAAUCUCCGGCGUCGCGCGACUCGGUCAAGCCCGAGGCCCCCGCCGUGACUCACGCUGCUCUCAACUACCACAUCCCCACUCCCGAUGCUACUGGCCUUAUUGACAACGUCAACUACGCCAAGCUGUACCAAACCCACAAGUUCAAUGAACCAACGAAUUACAUCCGGUUCAGCGACACAGUCGAGGAGUCGUCAUGCGGCGCUGGCGGCUUGUCGUACUGCAUGGACGAUACAGAUAUGGCGUGGCUCGCGAGUUUCAAUGGCAAGGCCGAGGGCGCGUCUGGUGACUCCGGCGCACCGACCUCCCCCACCAACGGCAGAACCGAAAGACGCACGACCAAAGGCAAGGAGAAGGAGAAGGAUGUGCCAGCAUCGCUCAACAUCUCCGAGGACACGUUUGAAUACAUCAUGGGCGUGCUGGAGAAACAUGUCGAAGAUGCCGUCCCAACCUUGCACACCAACCUUGCUCUUAUGCCGACUUUCCAAUCUGUCGAGAACCUCUUCGCUCAUCCCCUGGCCGCAACAUUCUACCCUUCUAACGAGGUUCCCAAGGACCUCCCCGAACCCAGAUUAUUGACGCGCAUGGCGCGCUCUAUCUUCCCCCAUUGGAAGUCCCGCCGAGAAAAGCGUGGCGGCAAAUGUAUUAUGCCGCAACUCAACUACGACGAGACAAACGACAAUGACCCGUACGUCUGUUUCCGUCGGCGUGACGUCCGUGCCGCCCGCAAGACUCGCCGUACCGACAACCAUUCGGUUGAACAGUUCCAGAAACUUCAAUUCGAAUUGCGCCGUGUUCACGACCUCGCCUCUCUAGUUCUCCGCCGAGAACAGGACAAGAAGGCACUGUACAUGGCCGAGAAGGAAGUUUGGGAGGCAAAGUGGAAGCUGUUCGAAACGAAGCGGCGCUGGCCGUCCCUCGGUGUCACCAGAGAAGAGGAGGAGAUUAUCACUGGUCGCCAGAAUGGCGCAGCAGCAGCAGCAGCCGCUGUUGCAGCAAUCAACGGCCAGAUGGGAAUGGCCCAUCUCGGUGCCGGCCAGAGCGGCAACUCGUCACGGAGCCACUCGCGCAAGCAGCUCGAGAAGGACCGAGACGAGCGCGACCGUCGCGAUCGUGCGAUCGAGGCUGCGCGUCAAGCCGAGCGCAGCAACCUGCCCGGCAAGUCCAUGGCCCCCGAAGCUGUACGCGAGCGCCUCCUUGCGCAACAGACCAAGCUCGAGGAGGAACUGGCUCGUCGCAAGGCCCUCGACGCGCACUGGGACGAUUACACCGAUAUCUCCUACCAACCACUGCCAUCAACACAUGCUGCUCAUGCCUUCCGCAAUCUCGCUGUUCUCGACCCUGAUCACCGAUCUGACGAGGACACUGAUGAGGACGAGCGCAUCAUCCAUCCUAUGGCGUUCCGCAUGCGUCGUGCCCGCGGAGGCCGUGUGCUUUUGGAUCGCCGCCUUCCUGUCCGGGCCUCUCGCCGUGGAACCAUGCCCGCUUCGCCUGACCGCUUGCAGGAAUGGUACUUCCCCGACUUGGUCAACAGCCACGAGAGCCGCCCCCGCCCAAAGUCUCUCGAUCACGACGAAGAUGAUCAAGGCAACGAUCGGACGGAACUUGGGAAGCGUAAACGCUUGAGCGAGAUCUUCCGCUACGACUCCUCCAAGGGCGGUGCCGUCGGCGUCGGCAUGGGCAUCACCGGCGAUGACGACCGGCUGGUCCUGGAUGACUUCGACGUCAAGUACAUGCGUUACCGCGUCGGACUCCUUAUGGCCGACGACCUCUGCAAACUGCAUCCCGAUGCCACAUCUCUCAAGGAUGCGCUCGCCGACCUCAAUGCUCCUAUCGAACUGCCUCGGCCUCCGAAGUUCAUCAAGCCCGCUCCGGCGGCAACUCCGCAGAUUAUGGCGUACUCGAUGAUGCAGCAGCAGCAUCAGAUGGAGCAGAUUCAGCGGAUCAACUUGAUGGCGCAGGCACAGCAGCAGCAGCAGCUAGAGCAGGCGCGCCUACAGCAGCAGCAACAAGCCGCUCUCGCCGCGCAGGCCCAGGCUCAGGCUCAGGCCCAGGCCCAGGCUCAAGCGCAGGCGCAAGCUGUCCAGGCUGUACAGGCAACUGCCAACGCCGCCGUCAAUGGGGUGUCGACGCCCGGAUCGGCAGGCCCAAACGGCGUCGCGAACGGCAUGCUCAGUGGCAGGCCCCAGCCCAAGCGCUCUCCAACGGAAGUGCAGGGCUCGCCAGCUCCGUCUCUCCCAACCACCGGCGCGACGCCCUCUACCCCCCAACAGUCGCAGACUCCUCAGCAACAGCAGUUAGCUGCGGCUCUUGCGGCCAAUGGGGGCCAGGCAUCUCCACAGAUAAUGAACGGCGCCGCAAACGGCAAGCCAUUCGUUGUCGGCCCGGGCGGCGUUCCGGGCGUUCCCACACCUGCUGGCGCGGUCGACCCCGUGCUCCAGCACCAGCGCAUGUCGGCUGCGAGAGCUGCCAUCAUGCAGCAGGCGCAACAGCAGCAGGCUGAGAUCGAGACGGCCACACCCGAGAUGCGGCGUGAGUGGGCGCAACAGGCGCAGGCGAACGGCUUCGGCAACAACGUUCAGGCGUUCCUCGAGGCUCGCAACCGCGCCCGAGCGCUCAGCUUCCAGAAGAUGAUCCAGGCCCAAGCCUCAAUGACUAUCCAGGCUCAAGCGCAGAGUCAGGCCAUGCAGCAGGCUCAGAUGCAGCAAACUCAGAUGCCUGUGCCAAUGCAGCCGAUUAACGCUGGCAAUGUGCAGCCCAACGGCUUCCCAAGUCCUGGCGCCAUGACAAGCCAGCUCCAGCUCAAGCUUCCGCCCCACGCCCAAGCGCGUCUUGCAGGAACGACCCCACCCACACCCCAGGCCCAGGCGCAGCGCUCGUAAGCGUGUUGAAUGGAGCCUCCUUUUCCCUGCCCAACGGACUUUCCCGCUCUCUACCUCCAUAUCCCACCGCCAUAACACCACACCACUCGUUCAUUCAACUUUUUGCAUUAUCACCCACCGAUCCCCCGCAUUGAAUACCCCGAAAUAUCAAACAAAGAAGC